AUGUGCCUCAUCCUCUCAACCUCCCACCUCUGCCACCACAAAACCCUCACCCCCGCCACCCGCCCCUGCCAGCACUUCCUCAACAACUACGCCAGCCAGCGCUGGAGAUCCCAGCUCGAAUGUCCCUACAAGCGGUUCACGUAUAAGAGGGAUGGGAAGUUGUGUCCUGGAUGCACUACGGAGUUUGGGCAUCCGUAUGGGGACCAGAGUGAGGAGGGGGAGCAGCUGGAGAGGGUGAGGAGGGAGAGGAUGAGUACGAGGGAGACUGUGAGGAGGGAGAGUAUGAGGAGAGAGUGUGUGAGGAGAGAGAGGGUGAGGAUUCCGGAGAGGGGGGGGACGUUUAGGAGGGCUUUGGAGAGGUUGGCGAGGUGGUUUUUGAGGUAA